CCAUCUCUUCUAAUUGUUCACGUACGCCCCCAAAAAUGACCCAGGUCCCCACAAAUUUCCGUGGAGGCAAUUCGACGAAGAAAAGAAGAACCCUGGAGGAAGGAAACCUUUUCUAACCUUUUUUUUUUGUGUUUUUUUUUUACGCUUCCCUUAUUCUUGAAUCUCUCCCCUCCCCCUCUUCCCUCUUGGGCAUUUUUUUCUUUUCCUUUUCUUUGUUGAUACUUUGGCUUACCGACCACGGCGAUAUGUUAUGGACCCCAUGGCCGACGUCUGUCCCUACCGUUCUCUUCGUCUGCGCUCUGCUGGCUUGGUGGUUUAUUGAACCUAAGACGACCCAUCUGAACUUGAUAGUUGUUAUCGGUUGCGUCCUCUUUUACUGGGCUGUCGCCCCCGAGCUAGCCCAGGCCACACCAUACCAGAUUUACGAGCUUAGCAUCCAAACAGCUACAUUGUUACGUCUCGACGUUUUAGUUCUAUAUCAUACCAAUAUGCUUGUGACCGGUCUCGCCGUUGUGUGGUUGGCCCACCGAGCCGUCCAGACUCUAAGGAAAUCCGUCAACGAACUGAUCAACGUUCUCGGUGUCGAGGUUCCCGAUGCUCCCGAAGUCUCGCUCGCAGGAAUUCGUGCCGAUGCCGCAACGCUUAACUGGACUCGUCCUCUACCUACUCGACCUGUAGCGAAAUUUACAAUACAAGUUAAUGGCGUUAAUGGUGAGUGAUGGGGAGUUGUCAGUUGUAGUCGCGCGCAGAAAUUAACGGUGGCCACCUAUUUUUUAGUUGGCGAUUCCGCAAACCAAGAGACAGCUAUUACAGUCACGGGCCUGAAGCCAAACCAUUUUUACAACGUUCGAGUUAUUGCCGUUGGAUAUAAUAAUUUCCAGGCAGGUAGCCGCGUAAUACGUCUGCGAACAUACGGAAGAGAUGGACGUCCUCAACUUGGA